AUGGCGGCAAGUUUAAAUGAGUUGCUUGAGAAGAGGCGAAUCACCAGAGGUCGCUUCACAAAAUAUAUCACUGUGACAGAUACAGCUGCUAAGGAAGCUGAAACACUUGUUGCUGAUGAUGAGUCUAAUGAAAAAGAUGUGCAUAUAGCGAUACGUACAGCUCUUUCUUCAUUCAAAAGGGUUGAGGAAGUUUAUGGGGAGUUAUCAGGAGUGCAGGAUCAAAUAGAUUAUCAUGCAGACAAUGAUGCUCGCCUAAAAGCGGUGAAAGAUGAUGAUGGUGAGGUGAGAUACCUCAAAGCGUACAAUCAUAUGUGUGCUUCGAUACAAGGGUUAGAGGCAUGUUUAUCACCUGUGCAGGAAGCAAGUGAAGCAUCCGGAAAAUCUGCUAAAUCUGAGUUCAGCCCGGAAAUGUUUGCAGAAAGCUUGUCAAAGGCUCUCGCCGGAGUGAGCACUGGCGUUUCUGAGACACAACUAGAAGAAAUUCUUUCUACGCUGACGCACAAGAAGCGAGUUAUUCAGAUCCCAAAAUUCAAGGGCGAUACUGAGCUAUUUGAUCAAUGGCGAGAUCUUGUGGGUGCAGAGGUUAGAAAACCUGGGUACAGUGACGUCGAGAAGACUCAUGUUGUAAUUUCAUUACUCGAUGGAGAGGUAGCAAAGUUGGUGUCUGGUUUGAAAGACCCAAGCUACGAAGAAAUAAUCGAGUUCUUAGAGAAUCGUUACGGAGAUGUGUUAGCUCGCAUUGAGAAGGCUGUCAAUGAGAUAGCUAGUGUUCCAGUUGUAAAAAGUCCCACAGUUCGAGAGUUGGAUCCUGUGCUGAACACACUGGUGGCAAACUGGAAUUACAUUAAGAAGAGGACACACGAUGACCCAGAGCUCAUCCGAUCUAGUUGGAUUCUCACUGCGUUAGUAAGGAGGAAGAUGCCGAAGAGUUUGGUGAGAAAGUGGGACAGCGAACGAAUCAAAGAAGAAAAGAGAACGACAGCUCCGUCCAACCUUCCAAUUCGAAUUGACGACUUGAUCGAGAAGAUCCAAGAUGCAGUGAAGGUUGCUAGAAGGUCAGAGUCCCUUCCAAACGAUCCAAAAAAGGAAAGAUCAUUUGAAAGGCGUCCAUCUGGCCACGCCUUGAAUGUGACCCCACAAACACAGGAGAGUACCGAAAGUCGGUGUGUCUUUUGUGAUAAUGCACACCAAUCCUAUUCGUGUCCGUCCGUUUCCAAGAUGCGUGUUGAGGAGAGAUGCGAGCGUGUGAAAGCAGCAAGGGCUUGCUUCAAUUGCUUGUCGAGAUUCCACAUGGUAAAAACAUGUCGAUCUAGGGGAUGCAAAUCGUGUAAGAAGAAUCACCAUACUUUGCUCCACUUCGAGAAAAGAAGUGGAAGUGACAACGCUGCGAGAAGUAAUGUAUCAGGUUCUUCUAACCUUACAUCAAAGGUACUACAUCAGAACAAAGUUGAAUCGACUGCAGGACUGGUCAAGUCUACUGGUUCAACGAAUGUCGUCAUGCAGAGCGGCAUAGUCAAACUUGAGUCAAAGUCUAGGGUUGCGGAAGGUCGCGUGUUACUGGACACCGGGAGUGGUGUUACGUUCAUUAGCCGUUCAAUGGCAAAAAGAUUGAAUUUGAGAGGCCCCAAGGUUGAAGGUGAGUUCAUCUUGGCAGGUGGAGAGGUGAUGGCUACCACUACUGAGAAGGUCAAGUUCUAUCUAUCGGGAAUUCUUCCUGGCUGGAAGGGAGAAGUUUUCGAAAUUUCUGCGUACAUUUUGGACAAGCCAAGUGCUCCGAUAAAUGCUGUCAACGUGGAUUUCACCAAGAUGAGUCAUUUGAGGGGUCUACAGCUCGCGGAAAGAUUUCCUGUCCAGGCAAACUCUGAAGUGGAUGUUCUUCUGGGCAUUGAAGACACUCUCAACAUCUUAAAAGAGAAGAGAAUCAGAGGGCCUCCAGGAACGCCCAUGGCACAGAAGACUCACAUAUGCUGGAUCCUAUGUGGGCCGUACUCAACCCAGACCGAAGUCAACCGUACUUAUUGUGUCCACCGCGUCAGCUUCCAAGAACAAAAUGAAACUGAGAUGGCAACCAGUUAUUGGGACCUUGAACACCUGGGCAUUCGUCCUAAUGAGAGUAAGAACUCGACUGAACUUGAGACUUCGGCCUUGGAGCAACACCGAAUGAUGACAACACGAGUAGGAGACCAUUAUGUGACUUGA